CAUAAGUGCACUACAUAGGGCACAAGAAAAUGGCUUUCAUCCGUAUAUGCAAUUGUUAUUGAGCCCAAUGGAAAGGGUGGCGGAUCUUUAGACACCUGCAACCAAAACAUGACGGCUAAUAAAAGAUAAUAGUCUGGUCCAGACUGAGAUGAAUGUAUUGCUGUGUCCAUUUGGGGUCAUAAUUUUGGCAGUGCUUCCUUUGACAUCAUGUCAGGACCCAGUGCCUAUUCAGUUCCAGAGCUCCCCUGUGCUGGCGGCUACAGGAACCAAUGCUGUUUUUACAGUGCAGACCAUCUCCAACAUCUACUCUAUCACGUGGCUCACUCCUGGAGGAGGCACUCUGGGCCAGUGGAUCAACAACCAGGCUGUUCUUAAUUCGAUUGCCCAGUAUCAAGGCAGAGUGAGCAUCACUGCCACCCAGCUCACAAUCAGCAACACCCAACUCAAUGAUGCUGGAAACUACAUGGUCACUGUAACACCAUCUGGUUCCACCGGAUUGUCCACCAACUCCCGCUCUGUCACCUUGUCAGUUUUUGUUGCGGUGGGAGACGUGAGCCUGUUCGUGCCAUCCGUGACUAUUGAGGGUGGAAAUGCAUCUUUAACCUGCAGCUGGACUUCAGGCACCAACACCAGCGUGACAUGGGGCAAAGGUAGCACCAAUCUUCCCUCAGAUCCUCGUUUCUUCAUCAACGCCGGGUCUCUCGUUAUCAGUCCAGUGAAUAGAAACGAUGCCGGACAAUACACCUGCACUGUCAGCAACCCUGUUAGCAGCAGGACUGCCACGGCAAGCCUCACCGUUUACUAUGGCCCAGACACCCCUCAGGUGACGAGAACCUCCUCUGGUUGUGUUGGUGGAGGAGAUGCCACCAUAGGCCAGACGGUCCAACUUACCUGCAUAUCUGUCUCAUUGCCCCCUGCUCUCUUGUCAUGGAAAUUUAAUGGUCUCCCACUGACAGUCAGCCAGGCAAAUGGUGGCACGCUGAAUUUGCAGGUUUUUUCAACCAAUCAGAGUGGGCAGUACACAUGCAUAGCAAGUAACAGCAUCACGACACAAACAUCGCAGCAGCAGAUAAGCCUUAACGUUGUGGCUACGUGUCUGAGUGUAGGUGCAGUUGCCGGAAUAGUCGUCGCCUGCUUUGUUGCGCUUGUGUUAAUUAUUGUCGCCAUCAUACUGAUACUACGUCAAAGAAAUGUUGAUCAGAGACUCAGGACAGUCACUGAACAAAGGAAGGAAAACCUCAACAAUAGGCAGACAGUUCUUCCAGCUCCACAAAAUGGUCAUGAUAAUCCUGGGUUUCUUGGCCAGGGUGAUCAACCUGACCCACCGCUGCACUAUAACAGAAUCAGUCGUCCAAAGUAUCAACAAACCACUAACCAACACAAUAUCAACAACGAUUUACCGAUACAAAACAGAACACCCAACACCAGUGCUGUUCAACCCAAUGGCAAUCUUAAUACAGGCGUGAUCUCAAAUGAUGCCAACCUCAACUCCAAUGCCCUCUUACACAACGGCCAGUGGAAUGGUAGUUCAAAUCAACACAACCGCUCAGUCCAACAAGUGGGCCAACAGAACCCAAAUAUUCUCAUACAGACUGGCCAUGCAGAGCCAGGACCUCACACAGUCCUCAUAAACCUUAAUACACUACCACAGCAUCAGAAUGCCACCACACAACCUCACACCGUGCAAGUCAGUCUCAGUGCACCUCAACCUUCUUCAGGGCCCAACCAGAACAACAUGCAGUAUAAUGAUCAGCAAAGUAAUGCCGUCCAACAGGAGCCUGCUACCACUAGUCACUCAAAUCUUCAUCAUGUCAGUGGGUCACACUCCAAUCCUCAGACUCGGAUGGAUAACAUCCUUAAUACAGCACAGCCUGCCAACAAUAGCACCCUAAGAAAUGGACAACCCAGAAACCAGCGUAUCACCAACCAGACACGGUCAAGGCAGAAUACUGACGAUACAUUUAAUUACUCAGCGCAGACACAGACACAGUUAGGUCGCAUGCUCUCUGUUGACUACUCGGAUGAUGAUACUCACCCACGCCAGAUGCCGUGGGACAGAAUACACGGGACACCCCAAUACCCAAAUCCUCAGAUGGACAGUUAUGAAUCCCAAAAUUCAACACGGCAAAACAGUUCAUUACAUUCAGAGAGUGAACACACAGCUCUAGAUGUAAGAUCCUGGAGAUCACCUGUGAAUGAACAGGUGCGGAGCGUUUCCAGAGCUUCGAGAAGAAACUUUCUGCGACAGCUUGCUCACACUACAGCCCAGAGACGUUCUCGAGCGGAUCGGAACAUGCUAAGACGAGUCACGCAGUCUAAUGUGAUUAAUCCGCCACGUGCUGAACAUCAAAGUUGGACUGCUCCACAGAACAUUGCAUCUCAGAGACAUGGCAUGAACAGCAUGGACGUAACAGCUCCUGUUUCUCAACAACAAACAGUUCAAAUUCAGCCCAAUCAACCUACACAUUUAAUCAGUCAGGCUGGUCCAGAUCAGAGGCAGGCCGGUCCUCUCAAUGCUGCCAUUCCCAACUCUGUCAGACUAACUCAGGCUGCGUUGCAGCAGCAUACCGUACAAGCACCAAACCCCUUUGUUAAUCGGAUUCAUCAGACCCAAUCUGCAUUGCAGCACCCUGGAACUCAGUCAGCACCACCUCAAACUGUUCCUGCAAGGCAGAUCAAACGGGCUGGUCAAGCUGCUCCAGAGCCUCCUCCAGUUCUACGCCCAGCAGAGUUUAAAAUGCUACCACGAAAGCAUUUAAACAAACCACAAUCUACAUCACCAGUUCAGGUCAUGAGACGGCCUGUGGUUGUGCAUCACGGACACAGACCUCCCAACAUGACCAGACAUGCAAGACCUACGCAUAACAACUUACACAAACACCAAGUGAACCCUCACAAACACGACAGGGCACGUUGGCAUGGCACCACUCAUGGCCUCCCAGUACAUGUGAGCCAGGUCCACAGAAGUAGACACAGACCCUGAGACAAACCAAUAAACAUUCUGAUAAGGCAUCAUACAGACUUAGAAAAAAACACUGAAUUAUAUUUAAGCGAUGACCCUCCUUGUGCCGAACUGUGCUGUUUUGCACUACUUUCUACUUUCUACUUUUUUACUCCAACCAAAUAACCAUGACAAGACUCAAAAAACCUGCUAAAUUCUAACUAAUGAUCUUUCAGUUUAGGGCCUUCUUACACAGCUGUGUAUUCAGCAUUUGGUACACAGACGCUUCCUUGGAUACUGCUCAAUUAGCGCCGCCUCCAUGGAUGCUCGAUGAAGCGCUCGAGUAACUAUGAAGGAAACCUGCUGUUAUUUAUUAUGCACAUUUGUUUUUGCUAAUUACAUGGUAAAUACUAAUGACUUAGAGUGUUGGAAGUUAUCUUGAAGGGGUCAUGCAGAUGGGAUUUUGAAAGCAAGUACAACAAACUUCACUAGACUCUUUGACUGAAGUCCAUCUGAAAGGAUUCCGGCAUCAGAGCCAAAUAACUUUUGAGAGCCUGUUGAACCCCAAGCCUGAAAAAAAAGCAGUACCUGAGGUUCUUGUUGUCCUGGUUACAGUUGGAGCCCACCAGUGGGCAAAGAUUCUGAUCGCCACGGGACCACAACAUGGGCUUUGGAAGCAUGGCAAAACGUCAGGUGAGAGUGAUUAAUAGAAAAUUCCAGUCCCAGCCCUGCCACCUGACCCCAGCAAGCCUGUCCCAGCCCUGCUACCUGACCCUGGCAAGUUCAUACCAGCUCUGCUACCAAAUCCUUGUGUCACUGAUCCAGUGCUUUCUUCUCGCUAGUAUGCCUUAUGCCUGCUCCCUGGCUCUUCAGAGAAGUGUCAACUUAAUGCACAAUUCCUGCUUUGGGGCCAUGGAUUUUUCUUGGAUAUUUUACCAGGUGUAUCUGGGCUGCUUGUGGCAGUAUUUGGGGGUAGGUCUUAUUUUCUUCCUUGUGUAAUCGUUGCGUGCAGAAUUUGUUCAACUCGCAUAACUGCCUGCUUGUCUCUACCCAUGUCCUGAGGACUUCUGAUCGGAAGGUCGUGAGCCCUUUUCAAUUGCACAGAGGUACAAAUGUAAGUUACUUUGGAUAAAAGCUUCUACCAAAUGCUGUAAAUAUAAAAAUGUAAAUGUCCUUGUUUCUACCAAUGUCCUGUCUUUGUUUGUCUGCCAUUUGUCCCAAUUACUCAUAUCUGUUUUAAUGUUGUCCUUUUUGUUUGUAUAUUUAAAACCCCAUGUUACGUUGUCCAGAGCAAAGUAGUGUUAAAUGUUUCCAUGCCAGUCUUUACCAAGCAUUUAUUCUGUGUUUUGGUUUUCCUGCUAUUUGUGACCUUGAUAAUUUUUUCUAGCUUUUUCUGUUUCCCAUAGCUGUUUAUAGACGACCUGACCUUUGUCUGUUUACUGUUUACGUUUCCAUUCACGUUGUAGGAUUCAUCUGCCUACCUCUAAUAAAAUGCUUAAAGGUGCCCUUCCACACAAAACUGUUUUUACUUGGAUUUUGUGAUACAGUAUGUGUUAGGUCCAUAUGUGUUUGUGUUGUGUCGUGAAUGUGAAAACGAACUGCUACCUCCCCGGUCAGUUCUAGCCACUUAAAAGAAAUAAGGGGAGAAAUCAGGUCAGUUGGAAAAGCUGGUCACUCUGACGUCAGAGUGACUGAGCUCAUUACUAUUCAUGAGCUCUCUCACUUGAGACCGCGCCCCCAGAAUUCGUGUGGCUCAGUGAGUUUCCUAUACAGCAAGGAUGGCUGAACGUCAACGGGCUUGUGAAGAAGCCGUUCUGCCGCAAUUCAAGGUGAUUGUAAACAAAUUUCCUCUAGCCUAGGCUACUUAUUGCGCUGGGUGAAUGAAUAGUCAUGCUCUCAUAUCCUAGCGGUUAGCCAAUCGGAGCCAAGCAGCAUAGCUCAUUUGAAUAUUCAUGAGAACUGGCACAAAUCGAGCUGAGUCUUCCUGCAGGCUUUCUAUACCACACUAGAAUGGCUUGAAACAAGGUAACCAAGGCAUUAUUUCCACAAGAAAAUGUUACAGAGUCCAUGGUAAACUUCAGACAUUACCACAAAAGUAAUGAAAUACGUGUGGCAGGGCAUCUUUAAACUGGACUGGCAUCCAUCACGCCUCGUGCUUCACAUGACACAGUAAAAUUCUGAUAUUCUAUAGUAUUAUUAAAAUUGCACUUUAUUUGAGUCAUCUUGGAAGAUAGUGUUUGAUAAAGCAGAUGAUAUCCUCAUCAUGAAUAAUAUGCUUUCAUGCUUUCAUUAAGAAACAUAGAUCUCAUUCAUAGAAGCAUGUGCAGAGGUGACAUUUAUAGUUCAGCUGAAAAGUUUACAUAACACCUGAAACCAACGCUUUUUCACUUUGUCAGCUAAAGCGUCCUAAUAGAAAAAGUGACUUCACUGAAAUGGAAAGGUCGUGGGACUUAAAAGCUGUUCAUUUACAUCACUUUCCUUUUGCCUCGACUUUUAUCUUAGUGUGUAUUUAUGUAUGUGAAUUUAGAAACCUCUAAAAACUAAAUUUGCAUUUCUGUGUUGAUCAACAGAGGGUUCUAUAAUAAAAACUCAGGGUAAAAUGU